AUGUCGACGACUACGAGCAACACCCUCUCCCUACCGUUUCGCAGGUCCACGCACAUCUCGCUCUCGUCGACGAUCCGGCGGUAUAUCAACACCAAGUAUGACCAGCACCCCGACAUGUUCAAGCAGGACCUCGAGGUCGUCGACGCCCUGCGCAGAGAUGCCGUCAACGUCCGCGAGCCGCACUCGAGCGGCAUCAAGAAACUGCAGGCCUAUGCCGGUCAGCUGGCCUGGGUUGGCGGCAAAUUCCCCAUUGACAUCGGCGCCGAGUUUACCUGGUAUCCCGCCCUCGGUUACAACACGGAACGGCCCAUGGUCCGCAACAACCUCAAGUACGAGCUCAUGAACGUACUCUACAACCUCGCUGCCCUCUACUCCCAGCUUGCCGCCAGCAGCCCCCGCGCAAGCCCCGACGGCCUCAAGGUUGCCGCCCACCAUUUCAACCUCGCCGCCGGCGUCCUGUCGCACAUGCAGACUGAAGUGCUUCCCGAGCUGAGAAUGUCGGACCCGCCCGAGGACAUGGACGCCCACACCCUAGAAGCUCUGGUGCAGCUGUUGUUGGCGCAAAGCCAGGAAUGCUCUUGGCAGAGCGGCGUGAUGAACGGGCUUAAAGACCUCAGCAUCGCCAAGCUCGCGGCCCGGGUGGCGGAUCUAUACAACCUGGCCGCUGAGGCGGCCGUACGAAGCGAAGCCAUCAGCAGCGCCUGGAUACACCACAUGACGGCCAAGCACCAUCACUUUGCCGCCGCCGCCCAGUUUCGCGCCGCCCGCGACUGCCUCGAAAAGAGAAAAUACGGCGAGGAGGUGGCGCGGCUGAGAGAUUCUGUCGCGUGCGUGACCGAAGGCCUCAAGGAGACGAGGGGUGGCUAUUUGAGCAAGCUCAUCCUUGAUGACCUCAACGGCCUGAAGCGUAAGGCCGACGACGACUUGAAGCGGGCGGAAAAAGACAAUGACAUGAUCUUUCUCAAUCCGGUGCCACCCAAAUCUGAGCUCAAGAUCUUAGAUCGGUUCAACAUGGCCGAGGUCAAGGUGCCGCUCCAGGUGGCCAACCCAUACGAUUACCUGGGCGACAAGGCAGAGUUCGGGCCUGCCCUGUUUUCUCGACUCGUUCCCUUUUCCGUCCACAUGGCCAUUUCGAUCUACGAAGAGCGCAGAGACAGAAUAGUGAACCAAAACAUCAUCCAGGAGCUGGAGGCGUUGACGGAAAAGGUCCACACGUUGCUCUCCUCCAUCGGUUUGCCGGGGUCGCUCCAGGCCCUGGAAAAACCGCUCGGGCUUCCGCCGAGCUUGGUGCAGCACGCCGAGGAGCUCCGUCAGGGUGAUGCCAUUGGCAGGGUCCACAAGAGCCUCGCAGAUAUUGACAAGUUGCGAGCGGCAGACUUGGCCAUCUUCGAGGCAGGAAUGGCGGCAUUGACGGCCGAGCGUGACGAGGACGAGAGGUUAAAGGCAAAGUACGGAACAGACCGGUGGACGCGCCCAGUCAGCCUGGGAGACCCUCAGGGAGCCAAGCUGUGGAGCCACGCGAGUGAGAUUGAGGGCUAUUUUCAGAGCAGCGUCAGCAGCGACAGCAUCGUGAGAGACAAGUUUGCCGCCAACGAAGGCCUGCUGCGCGUGCUGUGCGGGCCGGACCGCGGGCUGAUGGAGUUUGUGCCGUCGAGCACGCAGAGGGAAACGAGCGACGAACUCAACAAGAGACGGAAAAGGGUGGAACGGCUGCGAGAGGAUGCACGCAGGGACGACAUCAAGCCCGACAUUCUCCGGGAGGCGGCGCGGCUGGAGAGAAGCUACCCGACAACGGCGAUUGUCCCCGCGCACUUUGAGGAUUUCUUUGAGAAGCGGCUCGACCGGUUGUACGAACCCGAGCUUGACAACAUUGGCAACGAGGCCGCGGAGCAGGAGAAUCUGCUGGCUCUGGUAGAGCGGGCGAACCGCGAAUUCGACUCACAGAGGCGCAAGGUGGGAGACCGCGGGCUUCGCGAGCGCGAGCAGGCCCUGCAGCGGCUGGACAGCGCGUACUUCAAGUACAAAGAGAUUGUGAACAACCUCGAGGUGGGGAGGAAAUUUUACAACGACCUCAGCAAAAUUGUCGGGCAGGGGUUCCGAGACGUCGUCAAGGGGUGGGUGGCGCAACGGCAGAUGGAUGCGCGAGCCCUCGAAGAGGAAUUGAGCAUGCCGCCCCUCUCGAACCUCAACCUGUCUCGCAACCACACAGCCGCACGCGGCACUCAGGCAGCGACCAUGCGGUCGUACGAGCCGACCCAACCACCGCGAUUCGUUCCCGAGCCCAUGUCGCCGCGACAGGCGGCGUCGAUGCAGCGCCCCGUGCAAAGCCCUGCGGAGGCGACGAUUCAGUCCUGGGCCGCCGGGGGCGUCCAGCAGCCCCAGCCGAUGGCGGUAGCCCCGAACCCGAUGGGCGGGGCUGUCUGGAGCCCGGCGGUGGGGAUCAAGUUUGGCAGCGGGCCGGAAACGACAGAGGGACAGGGACAGGGCCAGGGCCAGCCUAGCAAGGGAGGGCCGCUGGGCGGUACGUGGGAUCCCAGUGCGGGCAUCAGGUUUGGCUGA